GUAUAGCCUCGUUGUAUCUUUUUUGUCAGUCUAUGAUAAUAUAUGUAGGAAGAAGAAGAAGAAUCGGGCGCCAUUUAUGCACAUUGACCUGAUUUGGUGUGUUCCUAGCACCCUUCUUACAGUGAGCAAUGCAAUUUCGCGUGGGAUGUACAGAGGAGGUGAAAAGAGCUGGCGCGUUAGAGUCCGCCACACUACCCUUCCCCAAUCUGAGGAUAACCCAAGCCGGAGGCCCCAUAGGAGUGUUCCAGGUAUUGCGGCAAAAACACAGCUAGAGCAGCACUUUGGAACCCCCGUCUCGUCAGACCCACACAGCCUGGCGACUCUUGUCGUCUCUAGUACGCCAACAUAGCAGCAGCAACGGCUGCAACAACAGCGAUCAUCUUGGCGGCACCGACCUUCUCCGCACCGCCAACGGGGAUGCUCGUCGUCGGGGCCGGCGUGCCACUCGGGGUAAUGGAGGGAGUGGUUGUGUUUGCGGGCGCCGCGCCCAGGGACUCGCCCGUCUUGGCGUUCUUGUCGGCCUUGAC